UCAAUGUCGUUGGAAAGUGGCACGACAAGAACAAGCAACAGCAGCAACCAAAACCAAAACGAAGCCGAUAUCAGAGGCAGCACUGAAGAAACCGUGUAUUUGACUAUUUAUAGGCUUUGGAAGCGAGCGAGUGGCACCCAAAAAAGACACAGAGAGAUGGGAAACCCGAAACAAAAGUGGACAUCGGAGGAAGAAGAAGCUCUACGUGCAGGAGUGGCCAAACACGGCACUGGCAAAUGGAAAGACAUCCAGAGAGACCCUGAGUUCAAUCCUUUCCUUUCUUCUCGCUCCAACAUUGAUCUCAAGGAUAAAUGGCGAAACAUGAGCGUUAGUGCUGGUGGCCAAGGCCCCCGGGAAAAAUCACGGUCAUCAAAAGCAAAAGCCAACCCAGAUACUCCCACUACUACACCAUCCAGUGUGCAGACCUCUGUUGCUGCUUCAGUUGCACAUGAUACAGCAGCUGAUCCAAAUGUGGACGAUUCUACAAAAAGCUUAACAGAUGGGAAAAAUGCUUCAAGUUAUAAUGCAAUGAUUUUUGAAGCACUUUCCACCUUGAACGAGCCAAAUGGAUUGGACACUAGCAAAAUUGUUAGCUUUAUUGAGCAAAGGCAUGAGGUUCCACAAAAUUUUAGGAGGCUAUUGAGUACAAGGUUGAGAAGGCUGGUUGCACAAGACAAGCUCGAAAAGGUCCAAAACUGCUACAAGAUGAAAACUGAUGUGUCAUCUGGGACAAAGACACCUUUACCUACCCCUACCCCAAAACAGGACAUCCAGCCUAGGCCGUUGCAGAGCAUUGGUUAUUUGACCAUUGGUGAUACAGUAGAAGCAGCAGCAGAGGCUGCUGCCUGCAAGAUUGCUGACGCAGAAAACAAAUCAUUUGUGGCAGCUGAAGCAGUUAAGGAGGCAGAGAGGGUUUCAAAGAUGGCUGAAGACACGGAUUCCUUCUUACAGCUAGCUAAAGAGAUUUUUGAGAAAUGUUCACGAGGUGAGAUCGUGCUUAUGGCAUGAGAUAUGGAUUUAUCAUAUACCAAACUGGAGGAAUGAUAACAAUGAUUAGAAUUUGUAAAUUUAGAUUCCUUUGCUUUUCACAUUUUCUUUGGGUGCAGUCAAAUAGAGUUUGUUUUAUUGUUGGUUGUGCUAAGAAUGAUACUGCAUCCCUUCAUAGUAGACCAGGUGAUGAGAGAAUUUUUAAUGUAAG